AUGUUGAAAUUGAAUGUAGAUGGAACUUCUAAAGGGAACAGUGGUCUUGCUGGUGGAGGUAUGGUUUUAAGAAAUGUUCAAGGUCAUGUUGUACUAGCAGCUGCUAUAUUCUAUGGGAUAAAUUUCAAGUUUAGACAUGUAUAUAGGGAAGCUAAUAAAGUUGCAGAUUUUUUGGCUUCUUAUGUGGUGAAUUCUGGCAGUUGCUCUGAAUUUUCUGAAAGGGAAGUACUGCCACUUGCUGGCAGAUUACUCCUGCAACAGGAUCAAGGCAUGAUGCCCAUUGCUAGAUUGAAGAGAGUGCUUGUUUAUGCAACAGGACCUGAACUGGAGUGCUGGUUGGAUGAUUCUAUGUGA